AUGGGCUGCGAACUUAGCAAAUUGGCGACACCGAAUCAACCUACUACAGACUCACGGCUUCCGUUAACAGCGAAACAGAAAUUUACGGUUAUGGCUAGCUGGAAAGCAGUAUCCAGAAAGUUAGAAACGACUGGUGUCGUUAUGCUCCUAAGGUUUGUAACGCAUAAUAUACAAAAUAUAAAUACUUAUUUAUACAUAUUAAGUGUAAGGAAAAUUUUAUUAGAAUUACAACUUAUAAAGGAUGUUAUUCAAACCGAGAGACAAACAAGACACAUGGCUUUGUACAAUUAA